AUGUCGAUGCUGAUCCCCACCGCAGCUGGAGCGGUGUCCAAGGUGUUCCUCAAGCAAUGGUGUAACGAGGUGCGCGUCACAGGCUUGCCGACCUUCUUGGACAAGCUAAAUUCGGAUCGAGGCGUUCUGACCAGUGAGUGGCUGCUCCUGAGAGUGGGUUUCUUUAUGGGGUAAAGUGGAAAGCUGAUACUUUGCUGUGGUCUGUUCCAUUUCAGUCGCCAAUCAUAUCUCGGUGUACGAACCUAUUCAAGCUACCCGUCCAACACUCGUGGCGCGCUCUUGCUCGAUCCUCUGACAUCCGCUGCCCGAGGUCUUGGUCGAAAGGGAAGCUGAUCUGGUCCUCUUGGCCCGAUUGCACAGCGUUGAUGAGCCUUUCAUGUGGGGUUGUCUACCCAUAUCUCUUUUUACGGACACUCGAACCACUCGAUGGACACUAGGCGCAAGCGACAUGAUGUUCACCGGAAAGUUCGUCAGCCUUUCUUCCACUUCCGCCGAUAUACACUCUGCGUGAUCUGACGAUGCUCUCGGCGGCGCAACAGGUGGGAUAGUUGGUUCUUCUCGAGAGGCCAGGUCAUGGAGACUUUGCGCGGGAAAGGCAUCUACCAAAAAGCGAUCGAUCGUGCGGCCAAGAAGCUCAACGACGGGCAGUGGGUGAGUGGUGGUGAAAGUCCUUACCCUGUUCUUCCCAAUGCGACCUCUCUCUUUCCAAUCUCAAGCCUGAGUUCAAUCCUUCUGUCUGGAUCUAAUUUUCUUGUUCUCGACUGCAACAGGUGCACGUCUUUCCGGAAGGAAUGAUCAAGCAAGACACCUUGAACGAACUUCGGAGGUUCAAGUGGGGGAUAUCGAGAUUAUUGUUCGAGACGGAUCCGGAAAGAAUGCCCCAUGUGGUGCCGAUAUGGAUCAAAGGUGAGAAGAAACAGAUAUCUCGGCAACCUAGGAGCGCUCCUAAAACCUCUCGACCACUUCCCGCCGACCAGGUUUCGAAGAGGUGAUGGAUGAGCGACGAGGGUGGCCCCGAAUGCUCCCUCGGCCGGGGAAGAACGUCUCCAUCAUGUUCGGCAAUUCGAUCAACUCGGCGAUCGAUCCUCUCAUGGCCAAAUAUAGGACCAAUUUUCCCAAUCCUUGGCGACCGGCGACAUAUGGGAACGACGUCAAGGAGGAUCUUCGAGUCGAACCUGAGGGUUUGGCGGCGAUGAGGAGUGAGCUGGCGGCGCGGAUUAGGGACGAGCUGAUGAAGUUGGGCAACGAUGGGAGGCUGGAGAAGAUGUUGGAACAAAAACCGAAUCGGAUAAGAUGGAAUCGACUGGAAUGA